AGUUUGGCUAAAUUCCAAUCGAGAGACAUGAGAUCUCCCAAAGUCAUGAGAACAAACCCUAACAUGUCUUCCUUCGAUGUUUCACUUCCCACUCUUCCUUUUGAUCUGAUUUCAGAAAUUGUUUCUAGGUUACCGGUGAAGUCCCUUCUCCAAUUCCGAUGCGUCUCCAAAUCUUGGAAAUCACUCAUCUCCGAUCCAAUAUUUGCUAGGAAACACCUUAACCUCUCAACCACGCGCCGCCUCCUCUGUCUUAGCUACGACAAACACUCGCACAGAUUUUUUCUAAAUUCUUACUCACUCCAAUCCAUUUUCAGAGACACAGACUACAACAUCACUCGAUUGGAGUAUCCAUCCGAUAAUAUUUGCAAAGGCUCCCUGUCUCAUUACGCUGUUGGCUCUUGUGACGGAAUCCUUUGUGUUGCCACUUGUCGUUUUUUCCUCGAUUUUAAACCUUUAGUUGUAUUGUGGAAUCCUUCUAUUAGAAAAUUUAAGGAAUUGCCCCCUUUUGAAAAUCCACCGGGGCUCGAUCGCCUUUACAUGUCAUAUGGCUUCGGCUAUGAUCAUGCUUCUCAUGAUUACAAAGUGGUUGUUAUUUACAACCUCUUGGGGAUUAAUGGGGGUAUUGUUUGGGACACAACUAAAGCUAAGGUUUAUACUUUGAGUACUGAUUCAUGGAGAACCAUUCAACCUUUCCCUUUUGAUUCUGUCUCUUCUUAUCAACAAGGAAGAUAUGUAAGUGGUUCAAUUAAUUGGCUGGCCUAUUCUAAAGGGACACAUCAACGCUGUAUUAUUUCUUUUGAUUUAGGUCACGAGACUUAUCAAAUGAUUCGUAUGCCUCUUGGACUAGAAAGGACACCUAAGGAUCCGGUAUUCUCUGUGUUGAGGGAUUGGUUGUGCUUGAUUUUUGAUCAUGAUGUUUGGGUCAUGAAGGAAUACGGAGUUAAAGAGUCUUGGACUAAAUUGUUCAACGUUACUCACUUGCUAGAUCCUCCAUUUAAGUCUUUUGUCUUGACAAAUGUAUUAUAUAUUUUUCAAGACGAUCAACUGCUGCUGCUGUUUCGAAAGGAUUGUGAAAGGAGGUUCAUUCUUUACAAUUUCAAGAAUGACACUUCUAAAGUUAGUUUUAUGUUGAAAGACUUCCCACAACUGUGUGUUGAGAGUUUGAUAUCACCUUGUUCGUAAUGCCAAAAUUAUUUUUGAAGACAAUCAAGAUCAAGUGCUGUUGUUUAAGGAGAGUUCAAGAAAAGAAUUUGGUAGUUUAUAAUUCCAAGAAUGCAGCACCAAGAAACUCUGAUAAAUUGAUGCAGGAUGAGGCGCUAUAGUGUUAUGCAAAUGAAUUAAUGUACAGGUGAUAAAAAGGAGUACAGAUGCAUACAUUAUCUAAUAGACUUAGGUUGUUCUGUCUCCUUUGGUUAAUUGUCUCGAGAUGAUAAUAUAUGGCUAAAAGCAUUUGUGUAUUAUGGGAUUGUUGCCGGGAAGUUUUGGGAAGUGAUAUUACCCAAUGUAACCAUUUGAAAAUUGACAAUGCUAGUUUGGUUGAAAAUUGAAAAUUUUGGACAAAAAUUGCCCCCAUUUUGGGGAGGUGACA